AUUGAGCCCACGAUCAUCUCGUAAAGCCCCGUUUCUCUUCCUUCGUUAUUCGUUUCAUUUGCUUUCCUUUUUUGGGUGGCUGGUCGUGUUGCGUUGCAGAGAGCGAGAGAGAGAGAGAAAAAGAGGGAGGACAGUAAAUUAGGGCUUUUUGUGGGAGGAUGGAGUUGGUACCCGAAAAGGAGUCUGACCAGCAGAACAACAACAACAACAACAGUGAGAAGAACAACAAUACUAGUUAUGCACAAGCACUUGUAGAUUCUCAUGAUUACAAUAACAAGGAAUCCGAUGAAUUUCGUGAACGUCAAGCUCGCGACCUCAAAGCUGGCCUCCAUCCCCUCAAGCACAAAUUCGUGUUUUGGUACACUCGUCGAACACUAGGAAUGCGAAGUCAGACACCGUAUGAGGACAAUAUAAAGAAAAUUGUUGACUUCACUACGGUUGAAGGCUUUUGGGUGUGCUAUUGCCACCUAGCCCGUCCUGCCACUUUGCCUAGCCCAACAGACUUGCAUCUUUUCAAGGAUGGAAUUCGCCCUCUCUGGGAGGACUCUGCUAAUUGCCAUGGUGGUAAAUGGAUAAUACGAUUCAAAAAGGCUGUGUCGGGCCGUUUUUGGGAGGACCUGGUCCUUGCCUUGGUGGGUGACCAACUUGAUUAUGGAGAGAACAUAUGUGGUGCGGUACUAAGCAUUAGAUUCAAUGAGGACAUAUUGAGUGUCUGGAAUCGCAAUGCUUCUGAUCAUCAGGCUGUAAUGGCUUUAAGAGAUGCAAUCAAGAGGAACUUGAAGCUUCCGCACAGCUAUCUCAUGGAAUACAAGCCACAUGAUGCUUCACUGCGUGACAAUUCAUCAUACAGAAACACAUGGUUGAGGGGUUAGAUAUUUGCUGUUUCUUUCGAUGCCACCAGAUAAGUAGUAGUUUCAGAAGAAUUUCGUGAAGGUGACUGAUACCCAAUUCAUGAUCAAAAUCAGUAAAUCUUGCAUGAUGAAAAAGAGAUGUGCAAAGUCUUAGAGACUUCAUAAUUGGUGGCAAUCUGUUAGGUUGAACUGUAACAGAGUAAUAUCUGUACUAAAGUUACUUAUGGAUUAUCAAACAGAUUACGGAUUCUAUA